GGGAAAAUAUUAUUAAAAUAAUGAUCUAAAAAACUUAGUAAAAUCCAAAUUGAGUUGUGUCCAAAAUAAUCAUGGAUUCUACACCAAGUGUUCCUGCAUCAACUCCUUCUACAUCUUCGGCUGAUCCUACUGCAUCAGUUAAUCUUUCAGCACCAUCUGCUCCUGCUGAUCCUACAAAAUCAUCUUGUUCUACAUCAUCGGUUGAUCAUACAUCAUCAAUGUUGGAAUAUGAAAACCAGAUUUUUCUUGACAUGUACCAGGAAAAUGCCCUUCUUGUUAUGUGUGAGGGUCUUGGGUUGGAUCGAAUAUUCCUCAACUUCUUGCGUCUUUAUUCCGAUCUCAAGGAACUUGUCUUUGUGUUAAACACUGAUCAGUUGCAGCAGGAAUAUUAUAUCGAAAAAUUGAGGUCUCUGGGAGUAAAUCAGCUUCCGUGCAUCAUGACAUCCGAGUACGGAGCACAAGAGAGGAAGAGGAUGUAUGCUAGAGGUGGGAUCUUUUUUGCAUCUUCCCGCAUCCUCGUCAUGGACCUGCUGGUGGAUCGUAUACCCGUUCAUCUUGUUUCCGGGAUGCUGGUGACAAAAGCUCACAAAAUGGCGGAUGCAUGUCAGGAACCUUUUAUUCUGCGUUUAUUCCGACAGAAAAACAAAGAAGGAUUUAUCAAGGGUUUCACAGAUAACCCGGUUGCAUUGGUUGGGGGUUACAGCAGGAUGGAAAAAGUUAUGAAAAAUAUGUUCGUGGGAAAAGUUUUCUUAUGGCCGCGUUUUCACCUCAAUAUUAUUGAGUGUAUGGACAAGCGUAAGCCUGAAGUAAUAGAGAUAGGAGUUGAGUUAACAAACUCCAUGAAAAUAAUUCAAACUUCGUUGCUUGAGAUUGUGUCGGCGUGUUUGAAGGAGCUAAAGUCCAACAAUCCUGGUGUAAAUUGCUUUUGGGUUAAUUGUCUGCCAUUUCCGAAGUGGGAAAUUCUCCUCGAAAUUUUGGAUGAAAUUCGUGAAGCUAAUAAACAAACAGAGAAAACAGAACUUGGAGAGGGUAAAGUUCUGAUAUGUGUAAGUGAGAUGAGAGGAAUCUACAUGAUCCGAGAUUUCCUCAAGUUUGGAACACGAGCAGCUUUGUUGAGGAUUUACAACAAAGCGUUUAAGAAGUCUCUGCUUAUCCCAACUGAUGAGGGAAACACCAAAGAUGAUCUGUUAAAAAAGAAGAAAAAGUCGAGUGAGAUCCCAACUCCUCCAGACUCGUGUGAGGACAUCUUCCCUAACUCCAAAGAUGAUAGGAAGACUUUAGAAGAGAAUGAAGAGAUUGAUGCGAUCCGAUACCGGAGAAUGAAAGUCCUUGAUUCCCCGGAAACCCAUCUUCACGCUCUUCACGGGAAUCCUGAUCCUUACAUCUUGUCUCGAGCGUUAGAAGAGAUACAACCAAGAUAUGUGAUCUUAUACGACUCUAGCAUCCACUUUGUUCGUCAGCUUGAGGUGUACAAAGCAUGUCGGCCAGGAAUUCCCCUUCGUGUAUAUUUCCUAACUUUCCAAUCCUCAGCGGAAGAACAAGUUUAUUUAACAUCUUUACGAAGAGAGAAAGAAGCUUUUCAUUCUCUCAUCCAAGAAAAAGCGACAAUGGUAAUCCCAAAAGAGAGAGAAGGGAAAAACAAGGACGAUCCUCAGUUUGAAAGAAACGUGAAACCAGCGUAUGAAAUAAACUCUCGUAAAGCUGGAGGACAAGGUGGUUUAGUUGAAGACAAGAAACAAACCAUUGUUGUCGACAUGCGAGAGUUCCGUAGCGAGCUUCCAUCUUUGCUCCACAAGAGGGGGAUAGAGAUUGAACCGAUAACGAUUGAGGUUGGAGAUUACAUUUUGACGCCAAAUAUCUGCGUUGAACGGAAGAGUUUAAGCGAUCUGAUUGGUUCGUUGGGCAGUGGUCGUCUCUAUACACAAUGUGUCGCCAUGAGUCGGCAUUAUUCACAACCUAUGUUGCUUAUUGAGUUCGAUGCAAACAAAGCUUUCUCUUUCCAAGCACGAGGAGUUGCAGGGGCAACACUGACAUUGAAGGAACUUAACCAGAAGUUGACGUUACUUCUACUUCACUUUCCUAAGUUAAGACUAGCUUGGUGUUCCUCACCUUCUACAGCAGCUGAGUUGUUUCAUGACCUCAAACUUACAAGAGAGCAACCAGACCCAGAGAAAGCUGCUGCCAUUGGAGCAUCAGAACCUGACGGAUCAUCAGAUGAGAAAUACAACACCGCCCCUUAUGACUUUCUUCUCAAACUUCCAGGAAUAAACAGCAAGAACUGUCGUAGCAUUCUUCAUCAUGUGACUGAUCUUCGUCAUCUUUGUCGGCUCUCUGAGGAACAACUGGAGGAACUUCUGUCGAGCAAGAUCAACGCACGGCAGCUGUAUGAGUUCUUGCACGAAAAAUACGACGCCAGCACCUCAAAAAGUACGGACACCUCAGCGAAAAUGAAAUCUAAACGACCGUUUGGAGGCGGGAAGAAACCGUUCAACAAGUUCAAGAAAAAGUAAAGCGGACGGUCAUAUUUUGUGCGGUAUUUCCCCUUUCCGAUGUGCAAUUUCUACAUUUAAAUUAUUUUCUAAUACAACUUAUAAGCACUGUACGUGCGUUGCGUUAAAUUUUCAGAUCAAAAUGACGAUGCGACUCUAUGGUCAGCAAUCAACGCGCGCUCGACCGACCGUAUGAGGCCUAUAUGCAUUGUCCGUCACGAAAACAAUUGUCGCUUCAUAAUAGCUCGUGUUUUUCGGGUCAAAGCAUCAGAAAAGCGACACCGCACCUCCCCACGUUGCGCUUCGUUCUACGCCGACCUCCUUUGCAUUAUAAGUAAGCAUCCCGAACGUUGAACCGUAUCGGAACUUUAAUCCUGGAAAGCAAAAGACGGCAUUGUUUAUCUGGAUGAAAUGAGCCAGAUGAGCCGUUAAAAGAAUAUUUUCAUUAUGCCUGGUAUAGCAGAAGUAACAGAACAUUGAUUGUUCUGACCUGGACCGCUUCUGAGAAGACCUAGGUUUCAGUAACUGAUAGCACAAGGAAAGAAACGUAUUCAUGCUCACUACGGGUUAAGGGUCAAACCCUACCGGUAGGUACCAUAGACAGAAGGUCAAAAGAAUCAGUUAAACAGCAGUGUAUUAAAUAGGAUAUAUCAUCGAUGUUGUUGUAAGGUUAAAGGGUUAAAUAUACUUAACAGAAACAC